UGUGUGUGUGUGUGUGUGUGUGUGCAUAUCCUGCACAACUUCAUUACCGCUUAUUUAUUAGUGGUUUUGGCAUUGCAGUCGCUUCACUGGACGGGGGCACGUUGUACAGGAAUGCGAACUUUAAUCUGUCGCGAUUUUAUUGUUCCGUUUACGAGCAAAGUUGAGGUAAUAUUUAACGCUCGUCCUCUCACUGUCAGCAGCAUUGUCAGUGCCCAACACAGGAAGGCAAUUGCGCUGGAGAAUAACGGAAUUUUGAACCGAUACUGCCAUAUUUCUGUCUAAAAUGGAGAUUGGAAAAUGGAUCCUUGCAGUAUUUGGUCUCAUAGUGGUCGUUGUCUUAAUAGCUGUACCAACAGCCAUAUUUCUUUCUGAGGAUAAAACAAAUCCCCAGAAAACGUUCACCCUUGAAGACUACUUUAAUGGCACUGCAAGAACCAAGUCAUACAACUUGCGCUGGGUUUCAGAUGAUGAAUAUCUUCAUAAGACAGGAAAUGGGUCAGUUCUUCUGAUCAACGCAACCACAGGAAACGGAAAAGAGUUUCUCAACCAACAGACCUUUGCUCGUGUGGCAGCUUCUGAUUACAUGGUGUCAGCCGAUCGAAAAUACGUCUGUUUCCUGAGUAACUACACAAAGAUAUGGAGACACUCCUACAUGGCAUCAUAUUCCAUCUAUGACCUGGAAAACGAGGAUUUUAUAAAUACAGAUAUCCCACAUGAAAUACAGCACCUAGCUUGGUCGCCAACAGGCCACAAACUGGCUUAUGUUUGGGAAUAUAACGUCUAUGUGAAGGAAACUCCCAGCUCACCCUCGUAUCAGGUUACCAACAAUGGAGCCCCCAACCUGAUCCUUAAUGGCGUUCCUGACUGGGUCUAUGAGGAGGAGAUGUUCUCCACAAACUUUGCUCUGUGGUGGUCACCAGGUGGCAGGUUUGUGGCGUAUGCUGAAUUUAACGACUCAAAUGUCCACAACAUCGAGUACUCAUUGUAUGGCGAAGGCCAGUACCCAGAAACGGUCUUCAUUCCAUACCCGAAGCCUGGAACCCCAAACCCAACUGUUAAGUUGUUUGUCUUUGAUACAAACACUACCAACAUUAAUGAAGUCCUGGUCCCCAGUGAUGUUGGUGCAGGAGAGCAUUACUUGAGCACUGUUACCUGGGCAACUGAUGAGCGAAUUGCCGUGCAAUGGCAGCAGAGAACUCAAAACUAUGUGGUUUUGAAGGGCUAUGACUUCAAUGGUGGCACAUGGGACGAAAGUUCUCUGAGCCAGAUCAUGAAAAGCAUAACGGGUUGGGUUGGCCGGUUCUCUCCAGAUGAACCAGUCUUUCGGCCAGAUGGCAGCAGUUGUUAUUAUAUUUUCAGUGACAGCGAUGGUUUUAAACAUCUCAUUCAUUUCAAUGGAGCAGACCGGACAUUUGUGACCAGAGGAAACUGGGAGGUCAUCAGCAUACUUAAGGUCACAAAAGAUGCAAUAUACUACGUCAGUAACGAACACAAUGGCAAUCCAGGCCAAAGGAACGUGUACAAAAUCACUAUAAACGGCGCUUCUCACUCUGAGCGCGAGUGUCUCACCUGUACUCUCAACGAGGACAGGUGUAAAUAUAAUUCGGCCCUUGUCAGUGAGGAAGGAACGUACUAUCGCAUGGACUGUUCCGGACCUGGACUUCCUCUGUAUACGUUAAGAAAUGGCCGAGAUGGAUCAGAGGUGAGAGUUCUUGAAGAAAACAAAGAUGUGGAAGGUGUGCUGAAUGAAAUCGCAAUGCCGUCAGUUACAUAUGGCAAGCUGAAGAUCGGAGAGUUUGACCUCUGGUAUCAGAUGAUCUUGCCUCCCAAGUUCGACAAAUCCAAAAAAUAUCCUCUGCUUAUUGAUGUAUAUGCGGGCCCCUGCAGUCAGAAGUCGGAUUUCCGGUUCAGGGUGGGCUGGUCCACAUAUUUGGCCAGCACUGAGAACGUGAUUGUGGCCAGCUUUGAUGGCAGAGGAAGUGGUUACCAAGGAGACAAAAUCAUGCAUUCGAUCUAUAAACGUCUGGGUACCUAUGAGGUCGAGGAUCAGAUAACUGCUGCUAGGCAGUUUAUCGAUAUGGGCUUCAUAGAUAAAGAGAGGGUUGCCAUCUGGGGAUGGUCUUAUGGUGGUUACGUCACUUCAAUGGUUCUGGGAGCUGGUAGUGGAGUUUUUAAGUGUGGCAUGGCUGUUGCUCCAGUGUCUAAAUGGGAAUAUUAUGAUUCUAUUUACACCGAGAGAUACAUGCUAACGCCAGCCGAGAAUCAGGACUUUUAUGACAAUUCCACAGUGAUGGGAAGAGCCAAGAAUUUUAAAUCUGUCCAGUACCUCCUGGUGCACGGCACUGCUGACGAUAACGUUCAUUUCCAGCAAGCUGCUCAGAUCUCUAAAGCCCUUGUUGAUGAGCAAGUGGACUUUGAUACAAUGUGGUACACCGAUAAAGACCACGGUCUCGGCGGGUCGGCCAAUCAGCACGUGUACACUCACAUGAGCCACUUUCUGAAAAACUGCUUUGCUUGAAGUUGUGAAACCUUUCCACUAGACAUCAAGCACACAGAACCUACAGUACAGCGCUGAAUCAAUGUUACUUCCAAUUCACGUCCCGCACUUGAACGUGUCAAGCAUGUACUAUCGGCGAGGACCAGCCACUGAAUCCACAAGGAUCUGUGACUCGAACUGUAUUAUGAUGCAAUAAUGGACACAUUUCAUAAUGGACAUAUUUCAAAUGUACAUUCUGAACAACUGAGUCAUGUAUCUGCACUACAACCUCACCACCAACAACAACAAAAAAUGAAAAAGAAAAUGUAAAAGUUUGCAUUUGAUCACCACAAGAGUGAAUAUUGCUUUGGACUUGUAUUAUAAAUGAAAAUUGACUAGGAUAAACAAAACUUGAUGAGCCAGAUACACAACUUGUGUAUUAAAUCUUCUAUGUGAACAAAACUUUUUAAGGGACAAAUAUUUAGAUUAAUCCUUUGAGAUUCAAUAAUUUAUUUUGCAUUGAGUACUUUUGUAAUUUCCAAAGAACUGAGGAGAGCAAUAUUGUGUACUUUUAAUGACAAGUUUGUUGCUGGUUGUUAAUUUCAUGUGAUUAUAUGUAAAGAAAAUUGUUUUGAAGAUGUUCAAAAUUUGUCCAGUGAAUUGUCAUGAAAUCUUGGGGUUAAGUAAUCUUAAGUGAGGUUUGUGAAAAUAUUUAUUGUGCCAUUAUUUUUAACAUAUCAUAUGUAUGAUACAAAGAUAUUUUCAAUCUAUUUUUAACAUAUUAUAAGCCAAGAUAUGAUACUGUAAAUAUCAGAAA